UUCAUGUAGUAGGCUAUUACAUAACCUCCUGGCAGCAAAGUAGCACAUUUGAUGAAGCCGAGCAGCUCUGGCUUCGUUUUUAACACGGCAGGUAGCAGUGACACGGGGACGACUCGCAAGAGAUUUAGGCGGAUAUCCUGUUUUAAAAAAAAAAACCCAACCCUUUAUUAGCAUCUAGAAAUUUACAUUUGAUGGCAUUCAGCUGCAGUUUUCUUUAGGGUAUUUAGAAUCGCGUCGGUAUCUCGUCAGUUCAGUGGAUGUUGACGCAGCGUUAUCCAGAAGGUGUGUGUCACUGUUUGCACAGAUAGACACGCACAAACACGGGCUGCCUCUGCGUCUACCGCCUGUGUCCCUCCCUCUCUCCGGCUCCCAGCAUCACUGACAGCUCGGCGACGCUGUCAUUUUAAAAAACGGAGAAAAAAAACCCGUUUUACGACCCUGAGAGGGGGUCCGUCGUAUUUUCUGAAUGGUUAUUACGGUCGGCUGCAUUAAUCCGUAAGUACGGGGCCUAUAAUGUGCUAUUAGAUGCGACCUACCUCCGAGACGUAAUACAAUCUGCUCGUUAGGCUACAGGCUUGUUGCUAUUCAUAUUUGCGCUGAUAAGGAUACGUGAGCAUCCUAUGUUGUGUAGCUGAGGUCGGUGUGAAUAAUACAUUUAUUUUUCAGUCGGUAGGUUUUCCAAGGACAUCAGUGAGCGACACAGUGCGGCAGCGAUGUGCACGUCUGGCGGCUAGACUGAGAAAGUGGGAGGGAGCCUGUUUCUGCUGUAAGUCCGUGAGUUUUCAGAGUUAUCGGUGAUAUCCAGGGUGGACGCUCUCUGACCGCUGUAGCUCCUCACUUGCUUCACCGCCUGGCUUCAGGGUGCGACGUCAUGAGUUGAUCGCGCCUGACAGAUGUUGCUGUGUUGCUCGGGCAUAGAUUCUCCGCUUGUUCUCGCUGUGUUUGGGAUGAUUCUGUAAGUGGAGGGGGAAAACUGUUUAUGCGCUAAAUGUUUAGUCUUCGCUUUGAGCUCGGACAGAUCGCCACAUUCAUUUAGUUUUCGGGAUUGCAUAAAAUGAUACCUGGAUCAGCCGCAUCAAUGCUACCAUCUGCAGAAGCUGCGAAAUUGUACCAAACCAAUUACGUCCGCAACUCCCGUGUCAUCGGACUUUUGUGGGCCAUCUUCACUAUCCUGUUCGGUAUUGUUAACGUGACCAUCUUCUCACAGCCCUAUUGGAUUGGGGAUGGCGUGGAUACGCCGCAGGCCGGCUACUUCGGCCUUUUUCACUAUUGCAUCGGAGACGGACUCUCCAGAGACCUGGCCUGCCAGGGUAGCUUCACUGAGUUCUCCGCUAUCCCCUCCAGUGCGUUCAAGGCCGCCUCCUUCUUCAUCGGAAUGUCCAUGAUGCUCGUUGUCACCUGUAUCGGCUGUUUCAGUCUCUUCUUCCUCCUCAGCACCUCCACCGUGUACAAGAUCUGUGGCUGGAUGCAAGCAGCAUCAGGUGUCUGUCUGGUUCUAGGUUGUAUGAUCUAUCCUGACGGCUGGGACAGCGAUGAAGUCCGGCGGAUGUGCGGAGAGCAGACGGACAAAUACAGCCUGGGGGCCUGCUCAGUGCGCUGGGCCUACAUCUUGGCUAUUAUGGGCAUCCUGGAUGCUCUCAUCCUCUCUUUCCUAGCCUUUGUCCUGGGGAACCGGCAGGAUGGACUCAUGUCAGAAGAGCUGCUGGCUGAAAGCAAGGAGGGAGGCAACGCCUAAUAAAAUCUAUAUAAUUCCUGAAUCUCCAUGUGUCCGUUUUCAUAAAGUACCAGUCCCUUGACAUCGGCUUAAAUGAAGGAGGCAGUCCAUGUCUAUGAAGGAGAGGAAUACUGUAGAAGAAGCCAGCCUGCCUUUCAUAUCUUCCUGCCAAAAACCCAGUGUAACCCUACCUUUGAAGUCCAUCCAUCCUGCUCGCAGUCCCUACAUCAUUCCCAGCACUUAUGGAGCCCAGUGCUCCUUCAUCCCAGUGUGUCCUCUGAGCUAACCCUUGCACAACAUUGCAUAUAGACCAUGGCAGGGGCAGAGACUGUUAUUCAGUUGAGAAGUAUAUGGACUACCCACUACCUACCUGAGAAGGCACAGGGUCGACACCUGCAGUACGAGCACAGACACAAACACAUAUACACACAUGCCACUUCACUCAUAUACACAAAACAACUCUACACAAUACACAAUACAUUCAAACAAUACAUUAACAUACUGUAAUAACAAAUAUUAAACUAUGUUAACACUUAGCUGUGUGUAUCACCGUCCGAAUGUGUGUCAUGUUUUAUUUGUGAAAAGAAGAAACUACGCAUUUUCAGAUAAUAUUGGGUUGCUGUAAAUCUAUUGUGUUUCAUAUGUGAGGUUUGACAAUGAAAUGAAAGUUUUAGUUUCUUCUUCUGCUCAUAUGCUCUUUUGUUCCUCUUCAUUUACUAGAAAAAAGAUAUUUAAGACUGUUUUAUAAGAAUAUUAUCACCCAAAAGAGAAAAAAACUUGUAUUUACAAAGUAUGUACAGUGAAUAUUAAAGAUGUUCUAGGAAUUUUAACAAAAUCCAUUCAAUGCCCUGCUAGCUAACUUUGCACAGCGCUUCAGUUUGAGAAAGAAAUCUAAUAUUUUAUAGUCUGUGGUAUCUACACUGUGAUGGGGGCUAUUAGGACUGUCUGCUGCAGGACUUGUAGCUGCUGUGUGAGUGUGCUUCUCUCUCUCUGUGUGUGUGUGUGUGUGUGUGUGUGUGUGUGUGUGUGUGUGUGUGUGUUGGGAGGUCAGUGGCUAUAUUGGAGUGAGUGUGAGUGCAUGCACACAUGUGAGUGUUGGUGCGAAUGUGCUGCGUGCAAUAGUUUGUUGGGCUAGUGAACCAAUAUUCCAGCCUCACACACAAUUGUCCUGUUGUGUAGCUAAAUCUGUCUGUUUCUGUCUUUGUCCCCUGCACUCCCUUUCUGUUUCUCUCUCUUUAACUCCCGUUGUUUUGUUGGGACAUACAGGGUAACAUAAUGGAGUUGGAGUAUGGUGCAAAGUGACAGGUGUGCCUGAGGAUCGAACUCGAGAGAUAAUGGAUUAGUAAGGCCUGUCCCAGCCUCACCUGUGGAUAUGUUCUUAUGUAAAUAGAUAUUAAAUAGAUACCAAAACAAUUAAAAAAUGUGGAGAAGGAGGUUAACUUACAGCAAUUAAGGAGAUUCCUUUAAGAAUAUAUGAACACUUAAUAAAAGUUUUCACUGUAAAA